UUCGGCGUUAAUUGGCGUAGUGUAUGGGGAUUUAAUUAUGUGGUUUGAACUAUCCCUUCUCACCUUCAGCCACAGUGUGUGUGACGUGUGCGAGAGAGAGCACACACAUGUAUGCGUGUGUCAGACCAGUAUAUCCCCAGUGGACGACGUUUCUCAUGCCACUACUUAAACAGUUUUUCUGUGCAGAGGACGACUAUAAAAGCUUACAGCUGACCCAAAUCGACCAGUGGGCUGAAACCUUGCAGGGAUUUCCGGAUCGAGAGACUCAUCUGGGUUAGGUUGAGUGGGGAGGCUGAACGCAGUGAAAGUAAUAUUAUUUGUGGCCAGGCGUUCAGUGCCAGAUGAGAAAUGGAACCUAAAUAUACAUCCAAGCUGUCCCAAACCAUUGACAUCGGGGUUGGACUUUACCUCGUCGUCAUCGCCAUCCUGUCGGUGAUGGGGAACACGGCGGUGCUGGUCAUCUCCGCGCGCAGGUCGACCCAGCUCAAGGGCCCCGAGCUGCUGGCGGUCAACCUGGCCGUGACCGAUCUGGGCAUGGCCCUCAGCAUGUACCCGCUGUCAAUCGCCUCCGCCUUCAACCACGGCUGGCUGGGCGGGGACCCUUCCUGCCUCUACUACGGCCUCAUGGGCAUGGUGUUCAGCGUGGCCAGCAUCAUGAGCCUGACCGUGCUGGGGAUGGUCCGCUAUCUGGUGAACGGAAAUCCCCCAGAGACGGGCAACAAGUUUGAAAGAAAGACCAUCCUGCUUGUGAUAAGCGGGAUCUGGCUGUACGCGGGCGUGUGGGCCGUCCUACCUCUUCUGGGCUGGGGCAGCUACGGCCCCGAGCCCUUCGGCCUGGCCUGCUCCGUGGACUGGAUCGGGUACAAGCGAUCCCUGAACCACUCCAGCUUCAUCGUGACCAUGGCCUUGCUCUGCGCCCUCAUCCCCUGCCUGCUCCUCCUCUUCGCCUACUCGGCCAUCGCCUGGAAGCUGCACAGGGCGUACCGCUCCAUGCGGACAGGCGACUUCCACUACGGCAACAUAGAGAGGCGGAUCACCCUCAUGGCGGUGAUGAUAACCCUGGGCUUCAUCUUGGCCUGGGCGCCGUACGUAUCAGUCAGUGCAUGGAGCAUGUUUCACCCCACCGACCAGAGUGGCAGUCUCCCUCCAGUCAUCAGCCUGCUGCCCUGCCUGUUUGCCAAAACCGCCACCGUGUACAACCCCUUCAUCUACUGCGUCUUCCAGCGCUCGCUCGGAAAGCACUUGUGUUGGUGUUGUUGUGGUGGU